AUGGCCCAAUCCACCGCCCACCGCCGGCUGCUGCAAGAAUACCGGGCGCUGACUAACAACCCGCCCGAGGGCAUCACGGCGGGUCCCGUGUCGGAGGACGACCUGCUGCACUGGGAGGCGCUGAUCCAGGGCCCCGAGGGCACGCCGUUCGAGGGCGGCGUCUUCCCGGCCGAGCUGCGCUUCCCCAAGGACUACCCGCUGGCGCCGCCGACCAUGAAGUUCCUGGGGGAGAUCUGGCAUCCGAAUGUCUACCCCAGCGGACUGGUAUGCAUCUCGAUCCUGCACCCUCCCGGCGAUGAUCCAAACCACUACGAGCACGCGUCGGAGCGGUGGUCGCCGAUCCAGAGCGUUGAGAAGAUACUCAUCUCGGUCAUGAGCAUGUUGGCCGAGCCCAACGACGAGAGCCCUGCGAACGUGGAGGCGGCCAAGAUGUGGCGGGAGCGGAGGGAGGAGUACGAGAACACGGUGCGGGAUGGAGUGAGGCGGAUGCUGGGGCUGUAA